CCUGUUUGCCGACGCUGAAGCUUUGAAACGUGCACAGGUCUUGGCACCAAAGACACCAGCCCGCCGACCUAGGAUUCAGGUAGAAUAAUUAACAACUUGAAGCGUGUGCACUACUACAAGCAACAUUAUCACCUCCAAAGACAAAUUCACGAAGUGCUAAAGAGUCUAUAUCCAACAUCGGAGUUGUGACACUGCUUGAGUGCUUACUAACUUUACCAAAAUGCUCAUCAAAGUCCGUACCCUCACUGGCAAAGAGAUUGAACUUGACAUCGAGCCGGACUACCCGGUCAAGAGAAUUAAGGAACGCGUCGAAGAGAAGGAAGGAAUACCCCCACCACAGCAACGUUUGAUUUUCGGAGGCAAGCAGAUGAAUGAUGACAAAACCGCCGCAGAGUACAACCUAGAGGGGGGAGCAACAUUACAUUUAGUCUUAGCAUUGAGAGGAGGCAUUUUCUAAGUGUAUGGGGAGCAUAACGUAAUCACUUCAAAGGCACCUUCACACAAGGACGGGCUAUAUGGGCAAAGACGAACAACUUAUGCGUGAACCGCCUGCUUUACACAUGUGAAAUAAAAAGCAAGAUAUCGCUGGUACGGAUCAAAAUCAUAUGCUUCCAUUUUUCAAUGCAGAGGCAUAUAAGCUUCUCAGGCGAACGUGUGUAACAGCGAUUUCGACAUCUUGCAGUCGUCUUCCCGAACUCCUGUGCAAAUCUACUUAAGCAGAGAAAUUCACUUUUUUCAUAAAUCAUCGAUCUUCCCAGCUUAUUCAUGACCUGUUCGCCUCAUGAUUCCUAGAGUUUAGCCACGUACUUUCACUAGAAGAAAAAAGAGCCUUAGC